AUGAUGUUUGGGGCUUACUGUUGCAUGUUGACAAUCCAGGGGGGGAGGAGAGUUGGUGGUGCUCAUAGGACAACACUUAGCCAUGGCUCGAAGAUUCUCUGCCGGCGAACGGGCACACCUCCUUGUGAACGUGCUGCGGCUGCUAACAUUGGCGCUAAUCUUCGGUCAACAUUACCUGCUUUCAUCCCUAGUGUGAUGUUGCCUGCACUCAAAGGCCGAGUGGUGCGACAAAUACACGACGCGUGCCUUUCGACAGGUGUUAUCGACGGUGAGUAUUCCCCGAUCGCGUAA